AUGGCUCUUAAAAUGGCCGGGUGCACACUGAGUGUUGAUACCUUCGCUCGGUAUUAUGAGACUCGGAUGCACAAAAAGGUGAUAAAAGACAAAAGGACGAAGUCCGAGAUGAUUGCCCAUUAUGGGUCUUAUAAUUUUGUGUCGAAGAAGACCCGAGGCACAGUGAGCAUAGUUCCGGCCUAUCGCAACAAGUGGCCACGAUGGAUGAACUAUUGGUUCUAUCAUCGUGUGUGCUCUGACGAGGACGUCGUUAAAGCGGUGGCGAACGACCUCCCGAAAGCACAUAUUAUGGUUUCUCAGAUGGUUCCGAUGGAAGGCCUUCGUCUAGCGGAGUUCCAGAUAGGCGGCAAAGCUAAUGUCGCAGCUACGGAUGCUUUCGGCUUGACCUCUCAUUGGCAAAUUAACUAG